GUGAGAGGAGAAAGUCACGGAUCAUCCAGGAUCACGUUCCCUGCCACCUCCCAAUUUCUUCCAUUUCCCUUCAUCUUCCACCCGCAUCAAUCUUCCCCAGCUCUCUUUUCUCAUCCCUCCUUUGCUUUUCCCGUCCCCUCAACGGCCACGCCUCCGCCUGUUCAUCCAUUGAACCGUCCCUAAGCUAUCGAUUCCAUCAGCCAUCUCCUUCUCCUUUCGCGACUUCCGCUCCCAGGGCACGCGAACAACGAACACCCACGUCGCCAUCUGGGAGGCUCCAGGCUACCGCAUCAUUACAGAGAGACGUUGGGACCUAAAAAUCGCGCGACACCCGAGAUGGCCGAAGUUGAAAGUGCCGCCGCAGACGAGUCGUUUGCGCAAUCCGAGCCUCAGGAUGAGCAGCAAACUCACAACAUGACAGUCGGUAUCAGACGCCAGGCGAAUGGCACUAUUGGCUCGGUCUACUCGGGAAACAAGAUUCGGCAUCUCAAGAAAGAAGAUGGCAUUCCGUUAUGGCGCAAGGACAUUCAGUAUCAGUUCCUCAAGCUCGUCUUCGAGGAUCAAACCAAGGUCUUCACUCGUUGGCCGGAUGGAGAGAAGAAUCUAGACUUCGCGGACAUCUACAUCGAUGCUAUGGCGAGGAGUAGCAAGACGAGCAAGAUCCUGAAGGAUAAACUUCAGAAUGAUAAGCAGGCAGCCAUCAGCAUGGCUAUGGUUUGUUUGCUGGUCAACUUUGGAAGGAUGAAUACCACCCUCAAUUUCUUCCCUGAGAUGCGUGCCCAGCUGCGAACCUAUCACUCAAUUCCUUCGCUACAGGCCCACCAAGACCCGAAUGCCUACAAGCAACUGCAAGACGCCCCCCGUCUUAAAUCGAUCCUCAAGGGUGCAUCAGAGGAUGUGGACCAGCCAAAUACUCUGGAGAGAAUCAAGCGUCAUGCAAUUCCCCGCACAAACCCCGUCAACCUGAUCUUCGUUCUAGCACAAUAUGCCCCUAAGGUAUCUGAAAUGCACUUCUUCCCUCCUCGCGACUUCUUCGACCUUGUUAUGCGAGGCACAUUGAGCAGUCAAAGUCGUGCAAAGGCCUUCCUCUGGUUGAUGUGGUGGUAUCUAGAGAGUGACUUUAGCCCUGAAGCUGCACUCAAUAAUCCGUUCGGCCCUGGUCUGGAUGGUGAAGGAACCGGUGGCUUGCCCAUCAAGGUGCCUCAGUUUGAAAGCCUUACCGAAGAACAGGCAAAUGAAGAGAAUGUUGAUACUCAGUCUGAGAUUGAAUAUGGAGAAGCUAAACGCCUGGAACGUAAACGCAUCUUGGAGGAGGAUGAACCUCUUCCCAGAGUGACUAAACGCUCCAAGAAAGGCCUGCCAGACUUUGGCUUUGAAGAGGACGGUUCAGGAGAUAUUUCGGGCCGGGGUGAUGGUCGCGGCUCUACUAUGUCAACCCCAUUACAUCCCUCAUCCAAGCGCUACCCGCAGGAUGAUGAUGAUGAUUAUCAGACUCCUGGACAGUCUGCCCGGUCUCGGUAUAAGAGACCUAAGCGAGAAUCUUCUCUCAACCGUUCUGUUGGUCAGCAGCGUCUCAUCUUAAAAACCAAGAUGGAAAACACACCUGACGCUGCUUCUCCAGCUCCUCCAGGCUCUGGUCAUCCAAUCUUAAACCGGUUCGUCGCAGAACCCUCCUUACCACAGCAAUCCUCCGCUCGUCGCCCACGCCCCCUUACACAGCACCAAUUGGCCGUGGAGCAGAAUCGGCGACAGCGAAUUGAAUAUCUUCUAGCCAAGCGGAAGGGCGAAGCAUAUCGUGUUCUACGUGCGAAGCGAGAGAGCGAAAUUCCAAUUGUCCGUCACGGUCGUCUACUAUCAACUCUGCCCGAUGACUACGAUACGGACGAUGAGGAAAACUCAUGGGGGAAAGGUGGGCUCAUUCCAAAGCCGGACGAAGAAGAGGACUUCGGUGAAUGCGCCAGCUACUACCUUUCUGUCAUCCGCAAGGCUUCCAGGCGCUUGGAUCGAUGGGAUUAUGACGAUGCCAAUGGUCCGAAGCGUGACCGUAAGAAGGAAAGGGAACAGCGCCAGAAGGCAAGGCAGAUCAGAUUGGCCAUGGAAAACUCCGCAGAUCUUGGUGGGCGCGCCCCAUCUUCGGCCCGUAGCAGAGCCCGCGCUGCACGCAAUGCCAAGCGCAAGCUUGCCGGGGCGGCUUCUGGUACAGCGGCGGAGCUCAAGGAACAAGGCGCGUCGACGUCGUCUCGUGCUAAAUCCAACCGAAACCGUGCGCAACGCGAUGCUGAGGGUGCAGAGACGGCCACUCAUGGUGUCACCAAGGAUGGUCUUGACGUGCCAUCCCGAGACCAGGAACUUUCGCCGAUGCCUGGCUCGGCCCAGCUGGGUGAUGAAGACGGAGACCUCGAAGCCGAGGAAGGACUCGAUGAUAUUGACCGGGAAAUCUUGGGCGAAGGAAGUGGAGAGGAAGAGGUUGGUCCGACCCGGAAAGCUCGUACCUCUCACCCAGUCGAAGUUGGCUACGAGGACAGCUUUAUCGGCGAGGGAGGUGAUCCAGACGAGGAGGCCGAGCCGCUGUCCUCUGAUGAGAAUGACGAGGAAGCUGAUGAUGAUGACCUUGAAGAAGGAGAAGGGGACGUCGACGGAGAUGACAACUCCUCCACCUUGGAAGGCGGAAACGGCUAUGCUGCCAGCGAUAUCUCGUCUGUCGCUGGGGAUGCCGCUGAGCCAGCAGCUGAAGCUGGAGGCGAGACAACCCGCCGAGCAGAGGUGAAAGAUGAGACCAUGGAAGAUUAGAGAGCCAUAGUAUUGAUGUCUGUUUUCAUGUUGGUGUGAUUACUCCUUCGGCUGCAUCCAUUUCUUAUGUGUGCCUUUCAUAUGACUAAUUUGCCCUAUCUAUCUUGACUUUGCCUUUUUGAUGCCUCCCUCAUUUCUUCGUUCCUAUCUUGCUCUCUUGCUCUGUUUUAUUGCUCCCGGCACACACAUCCAGGAUAGCUCGAUAAUAAACUUAUGCUAUGUUAUCGCUGCAAUUACUCAGACAAUGUUCCAUCUCGGUGGGAUGUCUAGUCGGAAGACCAAGAUGGGAAAGGAUAAUCUCACUUCCUCUCGCCCAUGCCACGGUCAUUUGU